AAAUAAAAAAGGAAAAACAGUAAAACCGCUCUCUGUCUCUGACUCUCUGUGUUGUGUCUUCUCUAUAUCUCUCUCCCCUCCUGUCAGAGAAGAAGAAGUAAAGCAAAUGUCAUAUUAUGAUAGCAAUUUUACGGUAUAGAUGUUGUGAAGAACCUUGGUUUCUGGCAUUGAUGGCUUCUACCUAUGAGCUUUUGCUGUUCUUCAAAACCUUUAAGCAAUGCACUGUGAAUGCCCAUAAUUAAGAAAUUUAGGCUCAAUUAUCAACAUGAAGGGCCAUUCACAAGUAAAAACAAGAGGACCUUCUAGAGUUAACACCCAGCAAGUGAUUUUCGAGCUGAAACGGAAAGUGAUUGUUGCACUUAAUAAGCUUGCUGAUAGAGAUACCUGUCAAAUAGCUGCUGAUGAGCUCACGAAAACAGCUGAAUGUUUAACAGCAGAAGGGAUUGGCCCAUUUUUAUCUUGUAUUCUGGACACAGAUUCGGAGCAAAAGAGUGCAGUUAGGAAGGAAUGUGUUAGAUUGAUGGGUACAUUGGCAACAUUUCAUGAGGGUCUGAUUUGUCCUCAUCUAGCCAAGAUGGUUACCAGCAUUGUUAAGCGGCUUAAAGACCAAGACUCUGUUGUGAGGGAUGCAUGUGUGGAAACAACGGGUAUUUUGGCUUUGAAAUUGGGCAAUAGUGGCAAUGAAAGUGACGAAGCUUUUGUUGCAUUGGUUAAGCCGCUUUUUGAAGCAUUGGGUGAACAAAAUAAGCAGGUGCAGUUGGGUUCAGCAUUGUGCCUGGCAAAGGUCAUUGAUAAUAUCCACUAUCCUCCAGUUUCAAUUUUGCAGCGGAUGUUGACUCGAACAGUGAAGUUGCUUAAAAAUCAGCACUUCAUGGCAAAACCAGCUGUGAUUGAGUUGAAUAGAAGUAUUAUUCAGGCUGGAGGUGCCCCAACGAAAAAUAUUCUAUCCACAGCAAUGUCUAGCAUUCAGGAAGCUCUUAAAAAUAGUGAUUGGUCAACACGCAAAGCUGCUUCUGCUGCAUUAGGUGAGCUUGCUACUAGUGGUGGAGCAUUAUUGGGAUCUUAUAAGGCCUCUUGCAUUCGUUCUCUUGACACAUGUCGUUUUGACAAGGUGAAACCAGUUAGGGACACAGCAUUGCAUGCCCUACAGUACUGGAGAAGUCUUCCAGGGUCUGAUACUCCUGAUCCUUCGGAAGCUGGAUCUUCUAUAAGAGGUGACUACAUUGACGUCACUAGUACUGGUGAGUCUUGCUGGAAGGACUCGACUCUGAAGAAGGUCACUUCUGACUCGGCAAAAAGAAGAAUCCCUUUGUCUGUUAGAAAAACAUGUCAAAAUUACAAUGAAGACCCUCAGCGUUCAAGAUGGCAACAAGAGGUUCACAUUGAAGAUUCAGAAGGUAGUUCUGUUAGCAAAACAGUGGGAAGAAUGAGUGCUGAUGUUACCAGCGUACAAGAUAUGGGAUAUGAGUAUGCGCAGAUAGAUGACAAACAAGAAUGUUCAUCUGUGUCUAACCUUGUUAGUGAAAGCUUUGAGACCAAGUUUGUGACGGUUUCUCAUGAAAAUAGUUUGCAAAAGUCGUCGGCCCAGAAGUUUACAGCAGCAGAAAGCUGUGGUGAGGAACAGAUAUAUUCUGCAAGGAUGCAAGACCGUAGAAGUCUUGAUUCCACAGUUACAGAUUCUUGUUCACAAGCUGCCCAUGGGUCUUAUUUUCAGAUGUCAAGUGAAAUGGUUUGUAUCCGCAAACAACUUUCGGAGAUUGAAAACAAACAAUCAAAUUUAAUGGACCUCCUUGAGGUGUUUUCAACUGGCAUAAUGGAUAGCUUGUCUACGUUACAGUCUAAGGUGUUAGGUUUAGAAAUUGCAGUGGAUAGAAUAGCUCAAGAUCUUGUACAUGGCGUGAAAUAUUCGGAUUCAGUGAGCUCAAAACUCAUGAAACAGAACCAGGGUGCAUCUUCGCCCAGGCUCUCCACAUGUACACCCAGGCCAUCUAUAGAUAUUCGCAAUAGACAGCCUUCAAUGUUUUCAGGGAAGAAUGCUGAUAUUUGGGAAGAAAAUGCUAGUAAGAGCAGAUCGAGCAAUUCUACAAAACAGAGUGCAGAGUCAUGGACUAAUACUAUGACUAAGAACAGUAGAAAUUGCACAGCAAUCGACAUUCAGAAAAACAGCAACCGUGGAGCACAGAGCAUGGCUCAGUUCAAAAAAAAUAAUACGGUGUUUGCUUCAGUAUCAAAUGCAAAUGCCAGACAAACCAGUUCAGAAAUAAAGUAUUCCUUGUGGCAACGAGUGAAAGAUUUUCUUUGUAAAGGGGACAUGGAAUCUGCAUAUGUUGAAGCUAUUAGUUCUGGCGAUGAACUUGUUCUAAUGGAGCUUCUCAAUAGAACGGGUCCUGUUCUGGAUAGUCUGUCCCACAAGACUGUUAGCAGUAUUCUCAAUCUUUUUGCAUCAUAUUUCCAGGAGCAAAGAUUUUUGAAUUCCAUAAUCCCUUGGUUGGAUCAGGUGGUGUAUUUGGGCACAAUCCGUGGACCGAAUCAUCUUGUUGUCCCUGCAAAAGUCAGACUGGAGCUCUUAUCUGCAAUCCAGGAAGCAGUGAAAAUGGAACAUUAUAAUCCUGCAGAGAGAAAGUCUAUUACGCAGCUUGCAGUGGAAUUAUAUCGAUUAUGGGGAGAAUGCAACUGAAAAUCAGUCCAUGUGAAGAUGUGGGUUUUGUUGCCUGUCAAUUCAUCCAUCCGUUCUUGAAAUGUUGAAUCUUUCUGCUCUCUCUGAAGGUAGAAUUAGCCAUGUAAAAGAAUGGCUCAUGUUAUGUUGUUAAGAGUAUUUGCUUUAUGUUUCAGUUUUUCAACCUUGCUCUCCAGUAUUAUGUAUCUUGUAGCUUCUUGCCUUGCCUCUUAACUGUUGUUAUUGGGAUGCUAGUAGUCUUGGAAAUGUGACUAUGAAUCACAUAGGAUCAGUAACAAGUACAAUUAUCAUAAUUUCCAUUUUGGUAUAUUCAGGUGGGAGAAAGAAUGCAAGCGUUUUUCAUUAAA